ACGGGGCCAUUUGGGAUGGAGGAAGUUGGGUGGAACCCACAAGGCUUUCUCGGACCGGCGCGGGUCAAGUUGGUGGAGAUUUGCAUAGAUGGACAGCAGCUGGGCUUGAAAUGGGACACCGGGGUUCGCCGGAGACGCAGAGAGGGCCGGCGACUCGCGUGGAGACGCGACGGGAGAGGCCUAGAGCGCGCGAUGCCCGGGCAAACAGACGGAAAUGGGAGAGGGCGGGGGAAGCACCCGGAGGAAGCCAAACCGUCGGGCCGAAGAGCUGGAGCAGUGGAAUUAAACAGAUGCGAAGCGAGCAGAUCACUGGCCCCAGUGCCUUUAAAAGAAAUGGAAGAAUUAGCAGAACAUGGCAUAUUUCUACCUCCUAAUAUGCAAGGACUGACUGAUGACCAGAUUGAAGAACUGAAAUUAAGAGAUGAAUGGGGUGAAAAGUGUGUACCCAGUGGGGGUGCAGUAUUUAAAAAGGAUGACAUUGGACGAAGGAAUGGGCAAGCUCCGAAUGAAAAAAUGAAGCAAGUUUUAAAGAAGACAAUAGAAGAAGCCAAAGCAGUAAUAUCUAAGAAACAAGUGGAGGCCAGCAUCUGUGUUACCAUGGAGAUGGUGAAAGAUGCUCUGGACCAGCUUCGAGGUGCAGUGAUGAUUGUUUAUCCCAUGGGGUUGCCGCCCUAUGAUCCCAUCCGGAUGGAAUUUGAAAAUAAAGAAGACUUGUCAGGAACUCAGGCAGGACUCAAUGUCAUUAAAGAAUCAGAGGCAAAACUGUGGUGGGCAGCCAAGGAGUUAAGAAGAACAAAGAAGCUUUCAGACUAUGUCGGCAAAAAUGAAAAAACCAAAAUUAUCGUCAAGAUUCAGCAGAGAGGACAAGGCGCUCCAGCCCGAGAACCCAUUAUCAGCAGUGAGGAGCAGAAGCAGCUGAUGCUGUAUUACCACAGAAGACAGGAGGAGCUCAAGAAAUUGGAAGAAAAUGACGAUGACUCCUGUUUAAAUUCUCCAUGGGCUGAUAACACGGCUUUGAAAAGACAUUUCCAUGGCGUCAAGGACAUAAAGUGGAGGCCAAGAUGAAGUUCCUCAAACUUACCGGCUUCCUCUCCUGCAGGCAGCAUGGUGAGAGGGUACCGCCUGUGAGAGGUGCGGAAAUUCCUAGUCUUAGUGUUUCUCUCAGCUUGAAUGUUUAAGAGUUUGUCAAGGUUUUAGAACUUAAUAAAUAUAUACUCAAAAUAA